AUAGGCAUUUUCGAAAUUCUGAAGACCUCAUUGCCCCUAAUUUUUUAGCAAAAUUUAGCCAAGGAUGACGAUGAGCGGUUAGUCUAGUUGGAGUCCUUCAAUCCUCAAACAAUAAUAUUCGUACACGUGUCACGCGAAGAUUCCACCAUGGCAAUAGACCUCGUCAUUGCACGCUCCAUGACUUCGUUGGUCUAAUUGCAAAGGAGUAAAGCAAUUUUUGGCCCCUAUAAAUUGACCUAAAAGUGGAAAAUACAAUAUUUUCGGAUUCACCCAUUUUGAACAGAAAAGCACUCUGAAAAUUCUCAGAAACCCUAAUUUUACAGUUCUCUUUGAUCCAUCUUGAUCAGAGAGCUUUUUGGAAGCUAUAGCAUUUACAGGGUUCUUGAAGCUUGGAGCUCUCUGGGCAGGACAGCAAUGGUGUUUCUAAGCAUCCAUAGAAUUUGGUGGUUCUUGGAGCUCUUUUGAGGCAACUUUUGGCAUUUCUCUGAAAUACGUCUGGUUCCAUCGAAUAAAGUUGCAUAUUUUUUCAACAGAAAUCCCAUGUCUUCAACAGUCCCUCCACAGUGGCGUGAGAAGGCAACUGAUUUCUUUUCAUCCUCAGGCUUUAAACUAAAACAGGCAGGACAAUCUGCCGGGUCAUUUGCAAAGGAUGCAAGUGGUAAUGUUGUCGAUGUGGCUGAAAAAGUUGGGUCGUUAGUGAAGAAGAGAUGGUCUCUUAUUCAGCAGUCAAGACAACAACAAGCCCCUCGAGAAUCUGUACAAGAGCGCCUUAUCUUUGCAGCUGCUUCGACUAGCACAUUGUUGAAGAAGGGUUUCUCAGAGACCAAGGACAAGGUGGCCAUAGGAAAGACAAAAGUUGAAGAGGUACUCUCAGAGACCAAGGACAAGGUUUCCAUAGGAAAAACAAAAGUUGAAGAGGCUGCCAAGAAGACUGCAAGUAAAAGUAAGAAUAUAUUGACGAACCUUGAGAGAUGGCAAAAGGGUGUAGCAAGCGAUGACGUAUUUGGAGUCCCACUUGAGGUUACUGUACAGAGACAGCAAUCCAGCAGGCCCAUUCCUGAAGUAUUGGUCACGUGUGCUGAUUACCUCAUAUUAUCAGGCCUACAUACUGAAUACUUGUUCAAAGCUGAAGGAGAUAGAAAAGUCAUUCAGAAUCUGAUUUCUCUCUACAACCAAGAUUGGCAUGCAGCUUUACCAGAGGGUGUACGCCCAGUUGAUGUGGCAGCUCUUAUGAAGUUCUAUCUAAUGAGUCUCCCUGAGCCCCUUACGACAUUUGCACUCUACCAUAAGAUUAAGAAUGCUCGAGUCAGUGUUCAAGAUAUGAGAAAUGCAUUGAAGAUGCUGCCCAAUGCUAGCUACUCAACACUAGAGUUUGUGACAGCAUUGCUACUUCGUGUGAGCAAGAAAUCGUCUCUUAACAAGAUGGAUUCUCGUAGCCUUGCUAUUGAAAUGGCACCAGCCAUUAUUUGCCAAGAAGGAGACUGGAGACGCCAACCAAUUGGAGGAAAUGGUGAGACGAGCUCUAUUUUGGGCGUACCCUUCAAGUUAAAUAGGUCUUCUAGUUUAAGGGAUCAACCUCCAUACGACGCAUGGGACGACCUUUCUGACGAUGGUGACAACGAGAGUCUGGAUGCUUCUUCAUCGAUCCCACUGGACGAUGGUAUUCCUACUGACUUUGGUGCCAUCGAGGUCGUCCAGUGCCUCAUUGAAAAUCACAAUGCAGUUUUUACAGAUGCAAAUGAGACAAUUUGGAAAUAAAACUGCAUACUAAUCAUCGUUAUUUUUCCCGUGUCCCAUUUUUUCAUUAAGUGGUGGUGUUUCUUGCGGUCUCUUGCCGAUGUAUGGAGAGAGAGACACAAAAUUCCUUGUGAAACAAGUUUGUAAAAAGAAUAUUAAAAUUUUGAACCUAUAUGUAACCGUGGCCAUCUAUUUUUUUCUGGCCAUCUAUUUUCUUCCCUUCUAAUGUUGAUCGUUGCGUAUCUUGAUACAAGCGAGCCUGCGUUCGUAAAUCUUGACCACUUGCACGAUAGAUAAUGUUGCCCUUCUUGUUGGAAGUACUUGUUUUUUUUUUGGAAAACUAUUGACGGUUGAAAUGUAUUACGGUAUUCAAGAAAUUUUAUGUUGGA